CUCAUGGAGAACAGUACAGAGGUGACUGAGUUCAUUCUUGUGGGCUUAACAAAUGACCCGAAACUGCAGAUUCCUCUCUUCUUAAUCUUCUCCCUCAUCUACCUCACCACUCUGGCUGGGAACCUGGGCAUGAUGGUACUGAUUCUCUUGGACUCCCAUCUCUACACUCCCAUGUACUUUUUCCUCAGUAACCUGUCUCUGGUGGACUUUGGUUACUCUACAGCUGUCACUCCCAAGGUCAUGGCUGAAUUACUUAUAGGAGACAAGGUCAUCUCUUACAAUGCUUGUGUCACCCAGUUCUUUUUUCUUGUAGCCUUUAUCACUGUAGAAAGUUUCCUCUUGGCCUCAAUGGCCUAUGACCGCUAUGCAGCAGUGUGCAAACCCCUCUAUUACACCAUCACCAUGACAACAGGGGUGUGUGCUCGUCUGGUCAUGGGCUGCUACAUCUGCGGCUUUCUGAAUGCCUCCAUCCACACCGGGAAUAUUUUCAGGCUCUCCUGUAGAGCUGAUGUGGUUGAUCACUUCUUCUGUGAUGCUCCUCCUCUCCUGGCUCUCUCAUGUUCAGACAACUAUAUCAGUGAGAUGGUUAUUUUUUUGGUGGUGGGCUUCAAUGUCCUCUUUUCUGUCUUGGUCAUCUUGAUCUCCUACCUGUUUAUAUUUAUCACUAUUCUGAGGAUGCACUCAUCUGAAGGACGCCAGAAGGCCUUUUCCACCUGUGCCUCCCACCUCACUACAGUGUUCAUCUUCUAUGGGACAGGCACCUUCAUGUACUUACAGCCCAGCUCCAGCCAUUCCAUGGACACGGACAAAGUGGCAUCCAUGUUCUAUACCAUGGUUAUCCCCGUGCUAAACCCAGUGGUCUAUAGCCUGAGGAACAAAGAGGUCAAGAGUGCCUUUAAAAAGACUGUGGAGAAGGCGAAGUCUUCUAUAGGAUUCAUAUUUUAA